AUGGACAACUUGACAUUCACAAACAGCAUUCUGCUGGUGGAGGGACUGAAAGUUACACCUCAGUCAUCUUAUCCUGUUUUUAUCCUGCUUUUGUUAGUUUAUAUUUUUGCAAUGGGAUGUAACAUUAUACUUAUAAUUCUCAUCUCAACACAGAAGAAUCUGCAUCACCCUAUGCAUUUUUUGUUUUGUAAUCUAACACUGAAUGAUAUAAUAGGUACCACUGUCAUGUUGCCACGCUUGUUACAGGAUAUUUUAAAAGAAGCCUCAGAUCGAUAUAUUACAUAUAUGGAGUGUGUUGUUCAAGCUUAUUUUGUGCAUAUAUUUGCAGCAGCAAGCCACUAUGUGUUGAUGUUAGGCCUUACAAUACGCCUCUCUCGCUGCAGAUAUAAAAUUGAAAAUCCUUUCUGUGACAAUGCCUCACUGUUUAAACUGUCCUGUGAAAAUGUAUCUGUAAAUAAUGUGUUUGGAAUCAUUUGUACUAUUAUGGUUUUUACUUUCUCACUUGGGUCUAUGUUUAUAACAUAUUUUAAGAUUGCUACUGUGUGCAUUACCAGCAAAAACAAAUCGCUUAACAGCAAAGCCAUAAAAACCUGCAGCACUCAUUUAGCUGUUUAUUUAAUCAUGUUUGUAUCAGGAGCCACUUUUAUAUUUCUGCACCGUGUUCCUGAAUACUCUGAAAGCAGGAAACUAGCUAGUAUAAUGUUUCACAUUGUACCACCAGGAUUAAAUCCUUUAGUGUAUGGCUUACAAACCAAAGAGAUAAGAGAAAAAUUUGUUAAACUUUGGCGUAGAAACAAACUUAUAGCAAUUAAGUAA